UCUGUCAUUUUAUGAUGAAAUUAAAGCAGUUUACAGUUUUGAUCAUAUGAUUUUAAUGGAUUUUUGUGAGAAUACGUGGAAUUAUUCUAAGUUUAUAUUUAUUUUUCAAAAUGGUGAGGAAUUGUGCUAUCGAGGGUUGUAGAAAAGAGUACUACCCCGAUUGCGGGUUGUCUUUUCACAGAUUCCCUCAAAAAGAAAACAUCAGAGAAAAAUGGAUAAGUUGUGUUGGAGCUGAUCGCAAAAUUACAAAAAAUUCAGUUAUAUGUAGUAGACAUUUCAGACCUGAAGAUUAUGUUGCUAAUAAUUCACCAUCACCAGCCCUUAAAGAAGGUGCAGUGCCAUCGGCUUUUAUUAUGGAGUAUAAAGUAAAAAUGACUACCAUGGAAGAAGGAGAAUCUACUACAACAGAGGAUAUACCUGCAGGAAAUCCUGAGGAAUUAACCAAAAAUCCUACAGCUUUAAAAGAGGCUCAUGAAGAAAUGGCAACACUGGAUGUCCUUGUGUGUGGCCAAUGUCAUUCCGCAUUUCACUUUAUUAACGAAUUCAAAGAGCAUAAGGAUUCUGGCAAUUGUACUGGAAAAUCACCUGUAAGAGAUAGUAAUGAAAGUAAGGCUCAGGUGUGGGCGUUCCUGCUGUGGAAGUGUUCGUCGGCGCGCGACGGGUCCACGUCGACGGCGGACAACAGCUGGAAGCUGUACCAGCAGUGGUGCCGCAUGCCCGAGGCGCAGCGCACCGCGUGGAUCACCGCUGGGACUGACGUGCAAGCUCUCUCUAAAUUUGCACACGCUAUGGUUAUGGAGCUCAAGGCUGAAGACCAACUGGUUCCAGUGCAGAAUACACCGGCAGAGGGACCAACUAAAAGAAGAGGCAGGCCUCGAAAAACCAAAGGAGACGACUUGGAGACACAACCGUCAGGUGAAGAGAGUGAUGAAGUGAAAGCCAGUCCCGGCAUGAAGACCCUUGUCAACAAGUUGCCCUUGUCCACCUCGGUCACUAAAAGGGAUAUGUCAACGGAGUCGGUGCGAAACGCACAAGAGCGCGUGCCGCCGGAAGAGAGGAUCGCGCGUCGUUCGGAGCGCGAGGGCGGCGCGGGCGCGGAGGCCGGCGAGUACGUCGUCGAGAAGAUACUCGCCAAGCGCUUCAACCCGCGGCGGAAGCACUUCGAAUACCUGCUCAAGUGGGAGGGAUACGCACAUGAUCAGAACACGUGGGAGCCGGUGGAGAACAUGGAGACGUGCAAGCAUUUGCUGGAGGCAUUCGAGAAGCAGCUCGCGCGGCAGAAGGAGCUCAAGGCGUUGCGCGCGCAGCAGCAGCAACAGCAGCAGCAGCAACAUCCGGUUCAGGUGAAACAAAUCAGUACACCAUUGCCACAGGUGGUCAAGCAAGUGGUAAAGAAGAUUGACAGCAGUCCAGCACUCACUCCAACAGGGCGCCUGCAGCGCACGAGCAAGGCGCGCGCGCUGGACCAGGUGAAGGCGUGGUGCGGCGCGGACGACGAGCCCGCCAGCAAGAGGAUCAAGCGCGAGCAUUCCAGCGACGACGACUACUCUGACGCGGAUUCCAUUCCCUCCAAAGCGGAUAGCAAACCUGUGACUUCCGUCCCAGAAGUAACCGAGAAGAAGAUAUUGAAUGGGCAGCCCUCACCAAAAUCGUCUUCAAACAUUGAUCCUGAGCUGGUUAAGUCAUUGGGGCUGGGAGGCAAAGGAAUGCCCAACAUUAAAGGAGUUAUCAAGGUGGACCCCAAGCACAUGCCUAACCUUUCUACUGGUGUGUAUAUCAUGUCCAAGAGUUCUGGUAUUAUGAAAAUUGACUCACCCGGAAAACUGGGGCCGGGUUUGAAUAUAGACCAAGAUGUAAUCAGAAAACAGAUUCUAGCAGCCAAGCAGAAAAAACUUGAAGAAGCCAAGAAGCAGUCACCAAUAGUUAAAACAACCCCACAACAGGUUAGAAGAUACGGUUCCAGCGGCCAGCAAGUGACGGAGAAGACUAUAAUAACUCCUUCGGGGCAGAAGAUCAUCCAGCGCACGAUACAGCGCACAUACGGCAACUCGCAACAGCAACAGGACGGGAAGUCGCCUGUUACUAUUCUCAACAAGAAACUAGCACAGGGAGACAGCUUGCUGCGGGGCACGCCGCCGCGCGGCGGGGGCAGCAUACGCGGCCGCGGCCGAGGCUUCUCCGUGUCGACGUCCGCCGGCAACAUCGUGCGCAUACGAGAGAAGCAGGUCCCUGUCGAGUUCGAAAAGUGGGAAGCGUCAUCGGACUCGUCGGACGGCUUGGAAGAUCCAUUCCCGCGAGUGCUGGGUCCUCUGCCGUCGCCGAGCCCGGAGCGCGAGCUCACCCUGUGUCCACUGACGGGGCGCCGCCUCGCGCGCGCCGAGGGUGAGCCCACGCCGCCGCCCACUCCGCCGCCGCAGCCGCCCGCCACACCGCCGCCGGACACACACCACGGCACCAUGCUCAUGAAGGUUGAAAUGUCGCCCGGUGGUACGACGGGCAUGUUGAUUCAGGGAGACGGUGCACAACCCUCAUUACCAGUGUUGACUGAUGAAGAUGGAACGGAGGUGAAGGUGGAAGCGAGUGCGGUGAAGCAGCUGCUGGAGAGCGGGGUGGACGUGGACGAAGGCGAGGAAGUGGGCUUGCAGCUGCACGCGGGACACCCGCCCAUCAUGAUCCGCGGGGAGGAUGGCGUGCUGUACCAGGUCGCUGGUGAAAACGAGGAUGGUCAGACGCUGCUCGUAGCGGCGGAGGGAGUGGAGGGGGCGGAAGGCGUGGAGGGGGCUGAUGGAGAGAACGACGGCGUUAUGUACGUCACGAGAGAAGAUGGACAGACGUUACUAGUGGCGACUCAAGGCGUGGACGGCACAGUCCAGGGCGUGGAAGGUUCCAGUGAAGGGGAAGGUGUCACGUAUGUCACUAGAGGAGAAGACGGACAGGAUGUGCUCACGAUCGAUCCGUCGCAACUGGCGCAGUUUAUGCCGGGCGGCGAGGCGGCUGGGCUGCAGCAGGUGGCCGUGCAAGUAGAGGGCGAGCCCGGCGAGGACGCAACGCAGGUCAUCGCGCAGCUCGUACAGGCCGACCUGCCCUCGCCAGGUGGUACCCGACGUGUGGUGCUGCUUCUACCGGACGGCAGUUUCACGAUGACAGAGCUGGACAAAGAACAAUAUGAAUCAAUAACCGAAGCGAGUAAAGCUCAGGAGUGAAUAGUGUAUUGAAUUAUUGACUACGUGUUUUUCGAGGUGACACUAUCGGGCCGUGCGUACCCGUUACACGCCACCCCACGCCACGCCGGGCCGCGUGUUACGCCUACUCAAAUUGUAGUAAACUCGUGUGUCCAACCACAGAAAUCGGAAUAUGUUAAAGGAGCGUAAUAUUGCCAUCGCAACGCAGAUGGGCAGUGACCAUUGAUAUAGAAUAGUAGAUUAUGUUCGUAACCUGUCAUCUGACAGAUGACA